GUAAUGCCUACAGAAAAUAUAUGGACCAUAGAGUAUGUCUAUUACCCUAUGGUAGACAGUAUAUUAUAUAGGCUCUCUACUCUAUGGUAUACACUAUUCAGUUAGCCGAAAACUCCCUCUUGUGGUGACUCGUAAGUUCUUUUAUGAUCGUAACAUUAUAAUUAUAUUAUAUGGAAAUAAUAUUAUACAUAAUUUAUAAUAAUAUAAUAUUAAAAUUGUACGUAUUGUUUGUAUAAUAUAAUACUUGCAAAGUUAGACAAUGUCCAUCGUGGACAUCAUCAAAGAAGAUAAAAUGUGGACAUGAAUACAUGACACACUUAUUUAUAUUAGUUCUAAGGUUAUUUUGUGGCAAAAUUACAGUGUUUGUUUUUAUGAUAAGAUAGGUUACGAAUAUUUUUCUGAUGGAAUAUUUUUUGGACAAUAUAUUUUCAUCUAAAUUAUUUUUCGGAUAAAAUAUUUUCGAGUAAAAUACAUUGAGACGAUAUAUUUUUCGGAUAUGAUAUGGUUCUGGUCAUAUAUAUAUAUCUAAAAAUAUAUUUUCGGAUACUUUACUCGUUCCUUUACAGUGGUAAUGUGUCAUUUUGUUCCACAAACAAUUUGUUCCCAUUUAGGAUAUUUUGUUUCAUUUUGCGGUCUUUUGGUACACUUUAGUAAUACUUUAACCCUUUUUAAUAUUCUUUACAAAAAUUAAAGAUGACAUUAUGUUCCUUUGAAAAAUAUAAUAGUAAAACAAAAUAUCCUAAAGAGGAGGUACAAUUUUGUUUUUGACUAGAAAAUUACAUCACAUUAUAAAUUUAAAAUAUCAGUUGUGGCUGUGUUGAAAUCUCCUGAACCUCCUCUUCCCUCUUAAAGUACACCCUUGGUGCAAAUUUGUAAGCCUAAGGCAAAGUUGAAAAAAUCAAAUUAUCCACGAAAUAGGACAAAUAAAUAAAUAAAUAGUCCCAGUUGGGAAAUUUUAUUCUACUUUAGGAUUUUUUGUUCUGCUAUAGGUAGGUAGUUUUUUUUUGAAAAUGAAACAAAAUUUCUCAACACCAUGAGCACAACCUCUAGAUGUAAAAAGUAAUCGAAAAUAUGAUUUAAGAUGUACUCUUAAGUCGUGAUCGGAAAGUAAAACAAUGGAACGUAAAAUUUACAAAAGUAAAACCCAGAAUUUAAAGUAGUGAAAUUUAGUAGAAACUUAAGUUUCUAAAAUUAUAUCCAAUAGUUCCCAGUUUAGCGCGUGUUGGAAAUGUAGACGGGAAGGACAGGUCACCAACUUGAAUGUGAACUCAUAUUGGAUUUUCAAUCGAAAAUAAAUCCUGAUUUGAUGUACAAAACUCUGUAGUUAAUCUAACUUAACCUUAAACUCUGUACUAAGUUAACUAGUUAAUAUAUAUAUGUUCAAAAUCACGUCGAAUAGGUAGGUAAAACGGGGAGAAUGUAAUUUGAAAACGUCUACUUGACGAAGUAAUAAAUAUAUUUUAAAAACCAAUGAAUGAUUUCUGAAUUAUUACGUAAUCAUUCCUAAGAAGUAAUUUCCUGUGUUUAAUGUUUCCUGACCAACAUUUUCCCGAUUCAUACGCGUCCCCAAUACAGCUGGCCAUAGACCACGGUCCUUAGUACGUAUUAUCUUUUAAGGCCAUAGAGUAAUAUAGAGGCGGUAUUCCGACUACUUGUGUAAGCAGAUGUAGACGGUCAAAUAUUUCGAUUUUGUCUAUGAAAAGUUUUGAUUUUUCCUCAAUAUCCCUAGGAUUUGAAAAAUCUAAAUAUUUUACUUCAUACGAAGUAAAAAAGGCUCCAGACAACAAUAAUACAAUUAAAUACCUUUAGUAAUAUUUAGUAUUAAAAUAUUACAAUUUAAAAAUAUAUAGGUAUAGAAAUUACGCUUUCAGUCUAAUAUUAUCAUAGACCUAUAAACACAGAUUAACUAGAUUGCUAUCUAGUGAUAACUGAUAAGACGUGAAGUUAUUAUAUGUCAUUUUGAGUAGGUAAAAUGGAUUCAAAAAACAUCCCCUAAGUAAAUUUAUCAUUAUAUAUUAUCUAUACCUUUUUUAAAACUCGACUAUAAUAAAAUUCUGUUGCUGCUUAUAGUGUAAUUAGUAAUUUUUAUUCUUUGAUAUUGUUUAUUCAUAAAACUAUAUCUGCGUAACCCUUUGGUUCAAAGUACAUUAGCCCUAUCAUCAACUCUUUUUACUGAUUGAUAUAGAUUGUUGGUUUAACAAAUAGUGGUGUAGUUAAAUGAGAAAGGUUCCUGGGUCUGUUAAAACACUAGGCCUUUUAACUAAUAUAAUUUGUAUACAAAUUCGAAAUAUACCAACGCGUAACAUUGUUUUUUGUAGUGUGAUUCAUACUGUGUGCAUACUUACUAUGGAACUACAAAUAACAUGAAAUUAUUCAAUGGAUCAUCAUCAUCAUAAGUGUAAAAUAAUUAGACAACAAUAAAUGAUUAAACAAAUCUUAAAUAGUAAAAUUAAUUUGUUACCUUCAUGAAAAAAGACAUUGUUUAAACGAAUCCCCUUUGAAUGAUCAAAGAAAAAAGAACAAUCAUUUUAAAAUUUUAAAUAUAAUAAUUGAUAAGUUUCCAGGAUUUGUUGUUGAACAUUUUCAUGUUAAAUAAUUUUUACCUUUGUAGGUACUUUGUUAUGUAUGUGUAUCCUUUAAACUUAUUUUUUUACCGCCUUUGUUGGAUUUAAAAAUUUCGAUUUAAAUUUUAUUUGUAACACUAGAACACUUUGACACUUUUGUGACUAACCUAACCUAGGACAGCUUUUUUUUAUUAUAGCUUUAUUGAAUUUGUCUUCAUAAACUCCUUCUAUUUAUAUAGGUAAUUAACCUAAUCUAUAAAAGUCAGUGUCAUAAUUAACCUCCUUAGCGUCUUUCAAAUUUUACAUACUGUGCCAAUGCACAGUAUGUAUUGGAUUCCGAAUGGAACGGAGAAGCUUAUGGUUUUACAAAGUUUUUUUUUCGUUAUUUGUGCGCAACUUUUCUAUCAGAAAGCUGAUAACCUUCAAUAUGUUAUUUACAGUGCAUUUAUUUUUAUUUUCCUGUUAUUCAUAAUGUCGUAAUUUUUUUUUUAUUAUGCAUUUUUUUUUAUAUGAACAUUUUUCCUAAUAUUCCUAUAUUCCUGAUAUAUACUAUGUAGAUCUUUUUCUGAAAGUAAAUUUUAUUUGGGAGGUGUUACUUUGGUGGAUGACUUUUCAGUUUUCACAAGAGUUUUUUCAUCAAAUGUAAAUAACAGUAAAAAACCCGGAAAAAAACGGGAAUAAGUACGAAAUAUAUUAGUAAAAUAUUAUGAUUUUUUUUUCUGUGGACAACUUUUCUACCAGAAAUUUUGCUCCGAUUUAUAAUGAUAGCGCUUUUUCUAAAAGGAAAUCUGACUAAGAAGGUACAUUAAGAUCAUUUUUUGAUUUUCCUAUGAUUUUUAUCAACAAAUGUGAAAAAACAGGAGAAAACCCCAAAAAAAAAAUAAACAUGGGAAAACUGAGAAAAACAUAGGAAAUACUGUAGAUUAAACAAAUAUUGUUAAAGAAAAUAUAUAAUACCUAUUUAAUUAUUUUACCAUAAUGUGACAUAUAUAUUAUUGACAAAACAUCACUAAUCACUAUCAAUUGAAUUCCGCUCAGAAUCGUUUUUUUAUUAGCAAUGAUUUAUCGUAGCUUACAUAUAUAUAUAUAUUAAACUACCUAUAAUAGUGGCUGCACCCAUCUCCAUUAUCCUAGGACAGCUUUUUUAAAUUAAUGCUUGAAAAAAGUUUAAGAUUUUCUGUAAACCAAAUAAAAUUUGCCUAGAAUUUAGUUGAUUAUAGCGGUAGAUAGGCACUAGGUAUGCCUAACUUAAAUAAUCUGCAUAUUUAAUGGAUCUUUAUUAUAUUAUAAACUAUAGUCUAUACAUAGUUAUUAAAAUUCAUAUUAUAAUAUUUUCGACUUAAUUAUUGCAAUACAAAAUAUAUUAAAAAUGUUUAUUUCAUUUUACCACAGAACAAUUUUCUUACUUAAAUCAUACAUUACGAAUUGCCUACUUAAUGAUAAUUUGAUAUUUACCUACCUACAAAGUAAUAAUUUAUAAUUUAUUGGUGAAGGCAUCUUAAUGUCCGCACAUUACAAUAAUUAAAACGUUUUUAAAGUUAAAUGUUAAUUCGAUAUACUUAACUGCUAAAAAUAAUAAAGGUAAAUAACCACUCAUAAAUUUUUAGCCAAUGUAACAUUAUAAUUAUUGUUAUUAGGAUGUAGGCAACUCCAAACUUAGUAGUUAACCUUAAUGUGUUUCAACUAAGGUACAGACAAAAACAAAAAUCAUGUCAUCUUUUAAUGUGGUUGUAUAAUAUUAUGUUUCAGAAUACUGUAUGGUCUUCAUGGGCAUUGUAUAAUAUUGUACGGCAAACUGUAAUAAUUAUACUCGCAAGCACGAGCCUAACUUUGUCUAAAUUAUACACCUACUUAUGUAUUAUGUAUAGGUACUUACCUAUACCUAUAUAAUAUAUCUAUAUAGUUCUAUAGGAUAAUAUACAAACGACAUCACUUAGUAUCUUUACCUAGUAGAUUAGUACCUGCCUACUAUUUACGAGUUACAGUGUGUAAAAUUACUUAACUAGUUAAAUGUUUUAGAUAUAUACUUUAUUCUAGAAUUUAGAAAUAUUCAAUGGCUAUAAUAUUCGUGUUAAACUUAUGUAACUAAAGUAUAUACGCAUUGGUUAGAUAUUGGAUACAAUUUAUAAAAAAAAGAGCUGAUUUAUGUUCCAUUGCAGUUGUACAUGAUGGGAAAAUAAACGGUAUUAUCAACAUAAUUAUAACAAUAAUUGUAUUUAUAUUUGUAUAUACACGUUUACACUCUACAUAAAGAUAAGAUUAUUCACAAAAAUGAUUCUGAAAUAAGUUAUGUUAAUUUUUUUUUAAAAAACCUCGGAAUAUUAUAGUUUUCAUUAAAAUUUGAACUUAAAACUCAUAUAAAAAAAACUCAUCUAUUUAUUGAUAAUUUUUCCAAAAAAUGAAUACCGAAAAAGACUAUUGCACAUUUACACUAUGACGUGUCUGUUAUUUAUAUGUAUUUUUUUCCUGAUAUAUUUGGACACUUGUAUAUUUGUAUCGGUUCCCUUUGGACCAUAUUAACUCAAACUCGAGAAUUUGGGAAUUCGAGGUUUUUUAUAGGUGAAUCUAAACAAUACAAUUUUGGUUGAAUUUCAGAUUGAACUCAAUAAUUUUGCGAUAGGAGGGUGUUUUUUUUAGUUUGUACACACCUAAAGAUGACAUUUUGUGUAUAUAUAGUUUAAGUAUCAAGAAUAUACCGUUUGGUUGUUUCAACUUACAAACUACCUACUACUUAAUCAAUUUUUUGCUCAAUUUUCAUGUUUUCAUAGGAAAUAGCGGGUUUUAAAUAUACACGUACAGACUCGUGAAAGUAAGUAACUUGAUUAAAAUGUAUACAUAUAAAUAUAAUUAUUGUCCAGGAUGUGUCUUUAGAAUAUUUGAAAUUCCAACCUCUAGCCGUCUGUUUAUAUGUUAGCAAAAACUUCAAGAACUUUACCUAUUUUGAUAAACAUUUUUUGUUCAAUUCUUUAUCAGUACAUAUAUAAUUAUUAUAUAUUAUAUACUUAAAAAAAUACAUAUAAUAAAGUGAAACAAAUCAGUUGAGGGGAGGGGGGAGAGGAGAAAAUUCGACUCUAAUGACGGAGCUCUAUUGAUCAUGUGUUUUUUUACAACUAACACACUAAGUAAAACGUUUAAUGAAUCUCAUGUUAAAUUUUCACGCGUUUCCGUUUGGCCAAAAUAAUUUUAUUCACAUAAAACCAAAUAAAACUAAACAAUUUCAAAUGCUUAUACAUAGCUCAACAUUUUUUAAAAUAUUUAAUUAUUAGAAAAAUAAAAAUAAUUAUCUCCUCAAUGCAUUAAAAAAACAAAAUUUUCUAUAAUAAACUACUUCCAAAACUGAUUAUCGGAAGGAACAUGCUUUCUGGUAAGAAAGUUGUUCACAGAUAAAUAGGAAACCAUUAUACUUAAUAAAACCAAUAGGUACAUUGCUCGUUUUACUCAGGAUCUAAACUAUUAAUUCCAAGCUUUAAAUAGGUAUCGACCUACCUAUUUAGUAUUUAUAAUAAAGAAUUGUUUUCGAAAUUAUAAUUUAAAAGUUCAAGUCUGAUACUUUAUUUCAUUACAUUGUUAUAUAGUAGAAAUAGCUGAAAUAAAAAUAAGAUAAAGAAAUUACAAUUGAAAUUUUUUUUACAUUUAGGUACGCGAUGGCUAUUUUUUCUGACUUUCUGUAGUGCACAUAUACAUGUAUUUGAAUUUGAUAUGUAUAGGGCGUUGACGGAAAUUAAAAAUGUUAACACCAAAAUUUAUUUGAACUAAAACGUCAUAUAUUUAUGGGAUUUUAAUUUAGGUUGCUCUUCAAAAAUCAAGCGAGUAGUGGUUUUACCCUGAAAAAUAAGAAUAACAAAAAAUAACGCUAAUGUAAUAUUUUAGAGAUAUUUGUUUCCAUAAGUGGUUUAAAAAUCAGAAUACUUUUCCUGAUAAUAAAUGUCUUAUCGAAAGUUACACAGUAAAUAUGCAUAUAUAUAUAUAUACAUAUAUAUAUAUAUACAUAUAUAUAUAUAUAAAAAUUACACACAAUAGUAAAACUAAUAGAUUCCAUGCUACGCUCUGAAUCUAAAACUAAAAUGUUUUUCUUACAUCUGUGGACCUUUGUGGCUCGUCUAUAGUAAAAACUCAGAUGGCAGGUGCAUUUUAAAAUAUUCAACCUAAAAUACUACCGUACAGUUCAUAAUAUGCAUAAAUAUCAUAAAAAUGAAUCCUUCAAUUAAUUACUGUAUGAUUAAAAUUUAAUAUAAUUAUAGUAAAUUACAUUAUCUACUAUUGACUAUCUUAGAUUUUAUGUAAACAUAUUUAUUUAAAUUAAAAUUUUGUUUUUAAUUUUUAUGAAAAUAUAAAAUAGAGGAAUCAUAUUUAACAUAUUUUAUGAAAAAUAAAACUUAAAAAUAUUUAACAGAAUAAAAAUUAUUUCAGGUGUUAGAUCUUUUUGUUACAUCCUGUAUAAUAGGUAGUUUGAAUAAAAAUAUAAAUUACAAAUUGAAACUUAAAGUAUCUUACAAUUUAUGGAUACCUAAUGAAAAAUAAAAAUGAUGUGUAUAUUUUAGUAGGUGUAGGUAUGGUAUAUAUGCGUGAUUACUAUAUUUUAUAUCAUAUUUAAGAUUUAACCAACACAGCUUUAAAACUAUACUAUUAUUAUUGGAUUUCACAAAGAAUUUACAUAUAGGUGUUUUAUAUGUUCGUUAUAUAUGUUAUAUUCAUAACAUAUUUUUUAUUUGCACGAAUUUAAAAAAAAUAAUCAAAACGAAAAUAUAAUUUAUAAAAUCUGCAGUUGCUUUUUGGUUAUGCAAUUCAAAAAUAUGUAAUAUUAUUAUGGUUAAUAUUAUGGCAUCAUAGCGACCUUUUGUAACAUGCCCACAAGUCAAAUCCAUAAACGUGUAGUAGAAGAAAUAAUAUAAGUAGGUAAGUAAACCUAACUAUAUUAAACAUAUAUUAUAUAGUCCGACAUUAUAAUGUGCGUGUUUAUGUUUUAUCGAUUUAACUUAUUCGUUUUGUAAAUUACCCCUUUCACAUCUUCCCACAGUUUUGCAGCAAUUAAUAUAUCUAGAGUUCUGCGGUACCUAUAUAAUGGGUUUUUUUUUUUUUUUUUUGUUACUAAAUAAAAUAACAAUAUAGUGAGGGUUAUAUGUUUUAUAUAGAAAUCCUCAAGAGUAGGCGAAAUGGAAGAUUUGGGAGAUUGUCAUGCGAGUAAAACAUUUAUAAACAACUGUUUCGUCCAUCAAAAAUUCAGUAUUGAUCCAUCUUUUAUAUCUAUCAGAUAUCAGGUACCUACCUAUACUAAAUACCGACACAGCUAGACAAUCAUAUUUUCAUGUUCAACAUGUUUGCCAAUAAAGUAGUGAGUUAAAUUUUAGAUUUUAGAUUUUAAUUCAAUUUAAAAAAAUAUAUUAUGUGUUAUUUGUUUAUUUGUUGUGUAUUCAGGUAAUUCAUUUUGGAUUUCUGGUUAUUUUGUUCAUUGUGGGAUGUUUUUCUCAAACACUUCAACCUACAGUAGUGGUUUCGCCUUUACCUACAGUUUCAUCGACUCCAUUACCACCGACGUUACCAUCAGCAUUGCCGUAUUACAAUCCUUAUAGACCAAUUCCUCAACAAUUUAUUGGUGGACCACAAUUCAUUGGCGGACCUAAUGUUCCUCAGAGAUUCGUCAACGGACCAAACCCGUACGUCGGCCAGUUUGUACCAAUUUUAAAUCAAAAUUUUGAAAUCACUCCAGAAGGAAGUUACACUUUCAGGUAAGCAUAGGGGUUGAUAAAAACGUAUAUUAAGUACCUAAAAUAAUAACUAAUGUAUAUUAUACAAAUGUUUUUAGUUUCCAGUCUGCUGACGGAACACAAAGACAAGAAUCAGGUGGUUUGAAGUACCCAAGUGCACCAGGAUUCCCACCAGUAAUGUCCGUUCAAGGAGCUUAUUCUGCAAUAACUCCUGAAGGUAAGUUAUACAUUUUUUAGAAAAUACAGUAAUAGCUCUAAACAAAUAUGAUCAAACUACUUAUAGAAAGGGAAAAUAUUAAUUCGUAUUAUUUAUCCUGAAAUAAGUUAUAAUUUAUUUGAAUUUUACCAUACCUACACGGCAUAUAUUUAUAAUAAUUGAAUACUAACAUAAUUUAAAUUGUUUUAGGUAUCCCUAUUGAAGUUAGUUACAUAGCUGAUGAAAAUGGAUAUCAGCCUUCGGGACCUGGAAUCCAUCCAUCUAUACAAAGAGCAGUAGCUCAACAAGUUGCACUAGCUAAACAGGAACAACAACAACCGCAACUCAUCAAAUAAGUUCUUAAUAAUUGCAUGUAAUGAUCCAAACUUUAAAAUUUGUAAAAAUGUUGAAUAAAGAAAUGUACCUAUUAUAAAUAAAUACAUAAA